ACACAACGCGCACACAGAGAUUUAUGAAACUUUCAAAAGUAUGAAAGCGCUGCUUAUAAAAUAGUUUCAGUGUUAGCUUGUAUUCUUGUAUUCUGAGAAACAAUUAGCAGAUAAUAUUCGCCUGGGCGGAACUCUUUAUUCGUUAUGUUUCAACACGGUAACAAACCAGUCGUACGAAAAGGAAACAUGUCGAGUUUAGUUUCUAUUUAGCAUUUUGAAUGUUCUUUUAAUUAUUAAAACAACACAAUAUAACUGUGGUGUUACGUUAGCUCGUGCCUGUUUGCUUCAGUGCGCGCGCCCUUCAACGGUUGCGUCUGUUUCGAGUUUGGAGAAUAGCUAGAAUAUUACAGCUGUGAUAGAUCAUUAAUAAUGUCCAAAUCUGCAGUUCCUCUUCGAGUUCUUUGUAUUCACGGUUACCGACAGAAUGGGACCUCUUUUAGAGAGAAGACGGGAGCAUUGCGCAAACUAUUAAAGAAAAAAGUGGAGCUGGUGUAUAUUAGUGCGCCACACCAAGUUCCUGCAAUCCCAAAAGAAACCAAUCAGGAGCCUGAAAAGACGGCCAGCUGUGAUGAGGACCAGAGGGGCUGGUGGUUCUCUGAUGUCCAGGCACGAAGUUUCAACGCUCAGCAGGAGUGUGAGAGCAGCCUGGGUCUGGAAGAGAGCGUAGAGACUGUGAAAAGCGCAGUGAAGGAUCUUGGCCCCUUCGAUGGCAUCCUGGGUUUUAGUCAAGGUGCCGCCCUGGUGGCUAUGCUGUGUGCCCUGCAAGAACAAAAACUAGAGGCUGCUUUUAAUUUCCGCUUUGCCAUCCUGGUCGCCGGAUUCCGCAGUGCCUGUUCUCAGCAUCAGCGCUUUUAUGAAGGGCCGGCGAUAACAAUCCCAUCUUUGCAUGUGUUUGGACAGGAUGACCGUGUAAUUCCAGAGGAGAUGAGCCGCGAUCUGCUGCCAGCGUUCGAUGGAGCUCAACACCUCAUUCAUCCCGGUGGACACUUUGUUCCAGCGGCAUCUUCUCACAGGCAGACAUACCAAGACUUCCUCAAGAAGUUUGAGUGAGAUGACAAAAGAGUAUCUGAGAGUUCCUGGAAUAAACAGGUCUAAGUUAAAUGUACUUCUUGAAAUAUUGCUGCUUUAUAAAAGCCUUGGGAAUUGAACGGUCAGUCAAAAGAUGUUUUACACUGUUCUCAGGGAAACGGUUGCUUUAAUAAAGACGUUCAUAAGUA